AUGGAUUUGGAAACAUUAGUGUUGAAAAUAAUACCAUUGCAAUGGCAUGGAGUGAUUGGGACUUUAAGUAAUCCAGACAAUCCAAUACAGUCAUCAAACUACUGGUUAUUACAACAGUCAGCACUUUCAUGGAAUGACCUAAUCCAAUCGCUGUGUCAGAAAGAACCGAUUAUACAUCAAGAUAAAACACUCAUUUUCAAACCAAGGAUUUCUUUACUGCCGAUAGACAUACAGAGAAAUUUGUUAACAUUUAUUCAUUACCACCAAGAACAAAUCCCAAGUGACGUCAUCGUGAAAUUAUUAAAUGAAAUCGAACAAUACAUAAAGCAGGACGAUUGGUUAGCGUUUCUUGUGAAGGAGAUAGAAAGAACACAUAUGCUUGCUGAGACUGACAAGAUUAGACUUGAUUUGUUUUGUCAAUCAUCAAAUAAACUCACAGAUUUGUGUGAUAGAAUUAAAGCCUCUAGCCAGCACACUUCGGAUGGUGUAGGUAGGUCUCACUUUGAUGAGUGGAAAGACUUAAUUGAUGUGAGGGAGCAGCAAGUGUUAUCUCCUGGAAUGGAGAUUGACAGUGAACGAGAGGAUGUAGACAUGCCGCAUAGUGGAGAUAAGCGUUUCAGUCAAGAACACGUUUGUAACAAUGAGGUCAUCAUCUUGGAUUCAAGUACUGAUGACGAGAAUGCACAUGAUGUGAAGGUGGAAGCCAAGGAUGAUGAUGCGACGGUAACAGAGGUAGAUGAUGUUACCAUGGAAAUAGACGAACCAGAUCUUGACACAGACAUAAAGAUUAAAGUGGAUAAAUUACUAGAUGUUCUAAAUUCUAGCUCAGACGGAGUUCCCGGUGACCAUCAAAUGGAAAUGGAGUUAUUUAGCAAACACACUUCACAGCAGGUUGAUGGCAUCUGUAAGUACAUGAAGACAGAUAGUUUCUCAGAAGUUACACUGCAGAUAUUUUGUCAAUGUUUGUGUAAUCUUCAACCAGAACCAAGCUACAGUAAUUGUGUAGUAAUUGCCAAACAAUGUUACUUGGAUAAGUUGCUGCAUUUACAACAGAAUGCAUCACGGAGACUGGUAACUACAGUCACAAGAUUUAGUGGAAAAUUCCCCAAAGCAUUAAUUGAAGGUGCAUUGGUGCUAAUGUGUGCAAACUUAGGAAGUCCACAGGCCGAUAUAAUUUGUAAACUGGCUAGAGAGACAUUUGAUAAGCAAGUUAAGGAAUUUUUCUUCAGUAAACUUGUUGAUAUGAAUUUUGAGUGGACUGUUCACACCAGCCAAGUUUUUCUUACACUAAUUGAACCAAAGCUUGAUCUAAACACUGUCACAAUAACAACAUUCCUGACACUUCUAGAGCAUCAUGGGAUAGCGCAGAAUUCAUGUCUCAAGUUUGGUAAAUUGUUGCUUACAAGCAUCACUAAAUACAGCAAACAGUUCACUUCUGAGCACAUAUCAGUCAUGGGCCGCAUCUUGGCAGUUAACAAGACAUACUUAAAAAAGACGGCUAUAUCCGCUUUGAAGAAAAUCAAACCAUAG